AUGUUCGACUCGUCAUUAUACGCGAACUUCACUCCUUCGAUGCAACAACAACAGAUCCGCCAACCCGCCCGCCAUCACUCAAUCGCCACCUCACGUGUUAUCUCAACCGCGACAAACACCCCUCCCCCUUCAAGACCGCAGGUCGCAGGCGCCAUGGUCAAGGCGCAACCCGCAUUCAAGCCCACAUGGCAGGGUUUCCUCGACACUACCAAAGACGCCAUGACCGUAGUGGAGGCUGCACUCCAAGGACGUCUCAGCCAUAUCAGCCGCCGGCCUCACGACAAGGAGCGUGCGGAGAUGCUCACUUCUGGAACUGUCUUGGUCUACGAAGAGAACGCUUCUGGCAUCAAGCGCUGGACUGAUGCCGUUCACUGGUCGCCUAGCCGCGUCAUGAACAACUGCCUCAUCUACCGACAACUCGUACGAGCAUUGAAGCCUGAGGAGAAGAAGUCCGCUCUAAACCCAUCAUGUGGUACCAAGCGCAAGCGAAAGGAGAGCAAUGGCCCGGCCAGGUCCAAGACUGGUGAAGUUCUCGAGAACUCUGAGGACGAAUACGAGAACCCCUCGUUCGACCCGUCCGCCGAUGCCGACUCGAUGAACAAGGUCUAUGCCAACUUCGCCCAGAGCCUCACGCCCGAUCAACAAAGACGCUUCUGCGGCUCCCUCAUCGACAGCUAUGAGUUCAAGGAGGGCGGUCUGAUGAAGAAGACCAUCUCUGUCAAGUAUCAGGGCACCCAUCACCACGUCAUCUCCUAUUACAGUCUCGAAGACGUUGUCAGUGGCAAGCUCAAGCGACCGUUCCAAGAUCCCAAGCUUGCCGACAUACAGCCCAGGCCGGAGCUUCUCAAUGGCUGGAAGGUUAGCCUCGAAGAUGAAGAGAGCAAGGACAUGCCGCUCGUAGCGGGAUACCCGCACCACAUCCAGCCGAGCCAUGUACAGCACCAUGUCAUUGGUGCCGUCACUCAAGCAGUGGGACCACAGGCUCCUCAUCCUCAUUCCUACUAUGUCACCGAUCAAAAGUACGUUCCAGAUCAAAAGUACACGUCAAACCCACACCAGGGCUACUAA